AUGGCUACUCAGAAGAGUCUCAUCUCAGAAGAGGAAAUCACCAACUUGCUGGACUCUAUCGUCCUUGAUCAACCUGGUUAUAAUCAUGGAGCUAUCUUCCAAGCUGGUAGAAAGCAUUGCGAUGCCAAUGCAACCAUGCAAGAUGGCGAAGACGAUGUGGAAAUUCACGAGCCAGGUAUCCCAGCUCCAACGGACAGCCAGAGAUAUGAUCUCAUGGCCAUGUAUCAACAACCACAAUAUCGUCAGACACAGGCUCAUUCUAAAGGCCGGCUUGCACCGGCGAGCUCAAGAAACCACCAGAACCCCGGCAGAGAGCAACUUCCUUCGUCUGGCCCGAGAAACCAAGCGAACAUGCGAACGUUUGCCACGCCAACUCGACCAUUCCGCGCAUGGAACAGUCAUCACGACACGUUCCCGGAUGGCAGUCCCCCGCCACCUACCCCAUUCUCCCCAGAGAACAGGGAACAGGAUUCUCGACCUGCGGCGGAGCUGUACUCGACAGAACCCCGGCAAAACCGGCAAUACGAGCAGCAAGGGCAGCAAGGGCAGCGGCAGCGGCGGCAAAGAUAUCACCCACAGUACCUACCAAGGCACGAGCAGCAAGAUGAUCAGUCACAGCAUCAGCAACGGCAUUUGAACAGUCGCGAUGAUCAUCACCAGCAGAGUUACCAGGAGCAACAGCAGGGGGGUCCGCCUUCCAUCGAGUCUCCAGCUACUUUCCCCGUGACCACCGGCGAGACCCCAGCCGUCACUACCACAAACACGACUGGCCCUCAACGAAGGCAGGAGAGGGCCCAGCUAAAGCCUCGCGUGGGCGGGAGGGCAAUACAGACCAAGAAGAGAGCCGAAAGGAACGCGCAGGAAUCCGCCAGGCGGGCAGCCAUCGUAGAGAAGAUGAUCAAAGAUGGUGUUUUGCGACAUGCGUGA